AUGGAGCUGAGACCUGACACCAGCCACAAGGAGAAUGUGCCCCCCAGGCCGGCCACCCCCCUGAGGCCAGAGCAGUGGAGACUCCGGAAGAGCCUGGCCAGUAGACAUGGCCGGUGGGUGCCCGUGGGCCAGGCCGAGAGCAGGGGGCCUGCCACCACACCAUCCCCGGGGGCAGCGCUGUGCCAGGAGCCCUGCCGAGUCCAGAGCAACCUGACCAGCCCCAGCCUGGGCCUCGCCCUGAGGGACACGACUGGCCAGCUGACCAACUCAAGCUUCCGGUAGCAGAGCAACUUGCAGCCCCUGGCCGGGAGGCCCCAAGGGAGAGCCCAGGCGUUUGCCAUCCAGCAGAGCAACCUGAGCGUCAGGGAGACCAGCGUGGCUGAGUGGGGACGUCGUCACCCCUGGUCAGGGGCUCAGGAAAGCUUCUGGCCGCACAGGAUGCCCAGGGGAAGCCCCCUACCCCGAGGGCCACUGGCUUCCCCAGCCUCCCGCCCGAGGUGGUCCCGGCUGCUGUGCACCAAUACCCCCUGCCCAGACACUGGGCCCGCUGCAGGCCUGGGCCCACUUGAAGGGCACACACGGCCGGACCCCAGAUCCCAGUGUGGCCUGGGGGGCUGGACCUCCAGGCUCAUGGGGGAACCCCUCACCCUGGAGGAUCUGGCUGUCCCUGCCCAGAGCCGGGCUCGGGCUCCGUCCCAAGCUGCCCUUCACCAGCUGCUGGCCUCCGUGCAACGCCUGGAGUGUGAGGCAGUCUGUCUCAGGUGCCAGGCAUCCCGGGAACCCCCAGGCCCUGUGCGGCAGGAGCCCUGGACCACAGCUGGCCAGAUACUCGCUGCUCACCCCCCGCCCAUCCAGCCUGUUCUUGCUUCCUGGGAUGAGAGGAGGAAACAUUCCCAAGGUUUCAGGGAAACUGCAGGUUUCCCAGAAGCACCAGGGGUCCAGGAUGGUCUCUCAGACUCUCAGGCAAGCAGCAAGCCUGCAUCACUGGAGACUAUUGGAGAUGCUGCCCAGGUUGCCCUUGACCCUGGGCAGGGGGUCCUUCCUGCCCACCCUGUAAGGUGAGGAGAGACGUGCUCCCCAGGGACUACAUUCGGCAGGGGACAGAGGGAGGACCCCCUGCUCCCUCAAGGGGCGGGCAGCAGGGAGGCCAGACUCUGCUCUUCAGCCUCGUCCAGUUCAGCCCGGGGCAUCCUCGCUGGGCGGGAAGGAGGGGACAGGACCCCACGGGAGCAGGUCGGCAGGGAAGAAGAGAGGCCGGCUUCCCGUCCGCCAGACACGGCCCCCGCGAGGAGUGCCCUGCAGAACGAAGCCGGAAACACUGUGAGCCUGGAGUCUGAGAUAGGCCGACUCGGGCCUGACGGAGAUCAGGCCCGGAUGGCAGAUCCUUGCAGAAUUUCAGGGGGCGGGAACCUCCCGGGCCCCAAGGACGGGAACACGGGAAUGCUGCCCCCGGGAAUCCUAAACCCCUGGCAGUGGCCGUCCAGAUGUUUCAGAGCGUGGCGGCACUGGGUGCAGAGGCGGCGGGCAGUGGCAGCGGCCAUGGCGCUGGGCCGCCGGCAGCUGUUGCGCGGGGGCCCACGGGCGCCGCGGUGGACACUGUUGCUCCGGGAGGCCCAGCUGGAGGCGGCGUGGGGACGACACACGCAGGCCCUGCUGGCGCGGACCUUCCAAAAAUGGAGAAACUUGAUUCAGCAGCAGAAACAAGGGCAGCUUCACAUCCAGGCUGAGCCAGGACCCCUAUCCGCCAGGGGAGGCCAGGACCGAGUCCCCUCAGGAGGGAAGCCGGUGGUGGACACUGCCUGGAGAAGCAGUCCAAGUAGUCGGAGGGAGGAGGCGGGAGCCCAGCCGAUUCCGUUGUGUUCUGGGCCGAGGCCAGAUGGAGGAGACAGGGGAGUCCAGAUCCUGCAGGCUCUGCAACAGCUGGCUGCCUUCCUCCUGUGGUGCCAUCAGAAGGAAUGGGCCAGGCAGGAGAAGGGGGUCCAGGGAGAGGCCUCUGGGGCCAUGCUGAGGACUCAGAGGAUGGAGAGGCCCCCCCAGGCCUGGUGCUCUCCUGCUGCAGAUGCAGCCUGGGUGUCCCCACUGGACAGCCAGUGCCAGAGGGCCUGGCUCUGCAGGUGCUUUGGGGCCUGGCAGCGGUUCGUGCAAAGAGGGACCCGGUACCGAGUCCACAUGGCCAACCGCCGGGCAGGGACCCUGAGGAUGUGCCUGCAGCAGUGGGUGCAGAUGAAGCAGCUCCAGGCCUCAGAUGGGGCGAAGGUGACCCAGCUGUCCCUUUGUUGGCGGAAGGCAGGGAACAUGGCCCUCCUCAGCUCGGCCCCUGGGGGGGCCACAGCCCAAGGCCUGGGGGUGGUGGCCCAGGCACUGCCCCAGGAGCAAGGCCAGGGCUCCCUGCAGGAAGCCGGCCGGAGGCUGGCCCUCCACCGGGCGCUGCUGCUCUGGAGGACGCCGCUCUCCCAGCGCCAGCGGGCGGACUCCUUCUUCGAGGGCGUGCAGCAGCGUGCGCUGCGUCACAGCCUGAGGGGUUGGCGCCUGCGGGCGUGGGAUCCAGGCAGUGCCAGGGCCACCUUGGCCCCAGCGGUUCUGGGUGGCAUCCUGGGUUGGGAGGCCCUGCCGGGCCGCAGGACACCCCGCAGCUCCCUGGAGAAGUCUUCCCAGGCCCCCGCCCUCCUGGAGGCGUUCCGGGUGAGCUUUCUGUGGGCAUCUGGGCAGCGGCAGCAGGCGCCGGCCCAGCAGUCCUGGGGCGCGGCAAGGUGGCACCAGCGCACCCUUCAGAGGCGCAUCCUCCUUGGCUGGAGCCACUGGGCAACAGCCCAGGGGGCCAGGAGAGAGCUGGCUGCCCGCCGGGCCUGGGAUCAGAGCUGCAGGGCCGCGCUGGGCCUGUGGCGGCAGCGGCUGGUGCAGCAGCAGGAGACGGAACAGUGGGCCCGGGAGUGGGGCGGGGACAGCAGCGACGUUUACUGGGCCACUGGCACUGCUGGCAGAGUGAGUCGGGGACUGGGACGGGGCACCAGGGGUGAGAGGGGGCCAAGGUCCGUCAGGGACACCCAAGAUUCUGGUCCUCUAGCACAGAGUCCAGUGAUGGGACGCUUUCACAGGCCCCCCGCCCCCGCAAAGACUGGGUGGCAGAGCAGGACCGGGGGGCGUGGAUGCUGUAGGCUUGGGUUCACGUUCCCCGCUCUUCCAUUCCCUGGCUGUGUGGACUUUAAAACCCAGCUCCUCGUGGGUGCUACCAUCAUCAUCACCAUCUUCAUCUUCAUCCUUGUCAUCCUCACCCGGCCUUCAGGAGUCACAGGCCUGCGCGGGGCCGUGUUCCGGGGCUGGCAGGAGGCAGCAGCUCGUCAGAGACCCACGGCGGCCGGUCCAGAGCGGCUCCUACUGCAGAGCCACUUCCAGGCCUGGUGUGGAGUAGUGAGAGACACAGGGAUGGCCCGGGCCAAGGGUCCAGCCUUCCAGGAUGGCCUGAGGAGAUGGGCACCAGGGGCCACAUUUGCCAGUGAAGCCCCAGAAGCUGCAGCCCGGCCUCGGGAGCAGCGCGUGGCCCGGGCCUCCUUCUCCUGCUGGAGAAGCCAAGAACAGGGACACCAGGUGGACAUCAAGCUGAGGAGGGCCCGGGCCCAGCAGGCAAGGCAAGGGGCCCCGGGCCAGUGCUGUGGGGCCCGCCAGCAGGCAGGAGAGAGAACCCAGGCCCAGGCCCUGCGCUGGAUGCUGUGGGCACAGGCCUGCGCCCACUCAGCGACCGGGGGCCGUGUCCAGCGAACUGCCAUCACCCAGUUCCCGCAGGCUGGGCCCAGGCGCCUCCUGCGAACCCACUGGGCCCACUGGCGGACAGCGCUGCUCAGAGUGUGGCUGGAACCACAGGCCGAGGCCCAGGAGGCCAGCACCGCCCACCCCAGGCCCAGAGCCAGCCUCAGGCACUGGCCUAGGCUGGCCACCAGAGGGCACCUCCUGGUGCUGAUGAGCGCUCCAGCCCUGGGGAGGCAGGCCCGCAGCUGCAGGCCACAGGCCACAGGGCCUGGCCUGCCCAGCCCAACCAAGCACCACAGCCCCAGUGGACAGAGGAAGCAGAGAGAAACGUCCCGGACUCAGAGUGACAGAGAGCCUCCCCUCCCAGCUGGGAGCCCUGCCUCCCAGCUCCAGCUGCAGGGGCCCAGAUGCGCCUGCUGGGCGCAGGGCCAGCGCCCUAUGGGGCCAGAAGGGGACCGCAGCUCUGAGACCAAAGACCUCAAGGGCAAAGGCGAGGCCGAGAAAAGGGGUCGUGAUGCCCUUGGCUGUCAGGACACACACCAGGGCCUCUCCCCUCAGGAGGAAGUACCUGCAGUGCUGGCGCCCUGAGGCACUGCUUCGCCGGCUCCGGGGUUCCCCGCAGGCCGGCCGGGCAGCUGCAUGGCAGCGCUGGGUAGAUGCUCGGGGGACGGACAAGCUGGCGCCGACACUGGUGAGUGGGGCGGCCCCUCCCCACCCUCACGCUCAUCUCCCGUCAUGUCCCGUUCCCAGCCCCUCAGGCAGCGGCACCUGAGGCGGGCCUGGCGACUGUGGACCCUACGGCUGCAGGUGUCUCAGCGAUUACAGCAACAAGACGACGGCUGGGUCCACUCCCAGUUCCAGGCCUCUGAAACAUGGCACCAGCGCCUGGCAGCCAGGGGCCUGAGGAGCAGAGCCAGCAGCAGUGGGAGGCCGGGAAGCAGGUGGGAAGCUGCCAGAGCCCCUGUGCUUGGUGGACUUGGGGUGAAGCAGGGGGCCCAGCAGCAGCUGUGACCCGUUCCCCUGGAAAGGAAAACGGAUCGGAGCC